AUGACUUCCGGUGGCAGAAAACGUUCACAGCGCGCUAUUGUUGUCGUAGGCAACGGAAAUGGUGCGGCUGGAUUUGCUGUUGGUAAGGGACAAAAUGGUAUCAGCGCUUUGAAGAAGGCCAAGAACAAAGCGGCAAAAUAUUUAUAUUAUGUGAAUCGUUGUGAAGACCGCACAAUAUUUCAUGAUUUUGUGAGCAAACAUCGCAAGACCAUCAUACGAUUUGAAAAAAAACCUCCAGGUUAUGGUCUUAGAUGUCAUCGAAUAAUCCGUGCCGUCUCGGAGGUUCUCGGUAUUGCGGACAUGCGCUGUAAGAUUACCGGGUCGACAACACCCAUCAGCGUUGUUCGUGCUGUCUUUCAAGGAUUGUUGAGUCAGGAAACACAUCAGCAGCUUGCUGAACGCAAAGGUCUGCAUGUGGUUGAGUUCCGACCGGAGAAAAGUAUGCGACCGGUGAUAGUUGCAUCUCCGAGCCCGCAUGCUGCCAAGGAAGCGGCCAAAAAUGGGACGUCAGAGGACAGAGACUACGAUUUUGAUGAAAUUUUUGACCCAUAUAAAGGCGCCCAUCGACCCAGGAAAGUGAAAAUAUGA